CCUUAGGUCUCCUGCUGAGUAGCUUUGCAAACACAGCAGGGGUGGGGGUGACGGAAGAGAGCAAACUUCUGCUCCGCCAGAGGAGGCUCAGGGCCCCUGGAGAGGUGCCUGCAAGGACCUCGCUCACCUGGCCGCCUCCUCUCCCCUCCAGCAGAGGCGCCCACCUGGACAGGUGGUUGAGAUGGCGCGUGACCUGCUGGCAGGCCCACGGAGUGGGGCGGACCGGAGCUGAGGGCUGCUGCCUGCUUCCCCGCCCCUGCGCUGGGCGCCCCGUGCUACCUUUGGGCCCUGGCAGAGUGGCAGAAUGGCUCUAGCGGACGGCUGCCCGUCAUCGCCCUGGUUCUGCGGUGGGCAGUGACGGGGUGAAGGCGCCUGGGACAGAGGGACCUCGGGGCUGGUUCCUGGACUCGCUGUGUGUCGGGAAGAGAGCCCUGCCGGGGAAGCGCUGCUCUGCCCUGGACAGUACCAGUCUGCUCCCUGGCACCAUGGCCCAGGACAUAGACACGGACGCACUGUUGGACCUGAGCUUCUUGACGGAGGAAGAGCAGGAGGCCAUUGUGGAGGUGCUGAGUAGGGACUCGCGGCUCCGGGUGCUGGAGGAGGGACGCAUCAGCAAACUGCGCGAGUCCGUUUCUGAUCCCAACCAGCUGAAGGUCCUGACCGGGGACUGGUUCUGUGAUGUCCGCUCCAAGCGGCACCGGCACAAUCACUUUGGUUCUGAUCUCGUCCGGGCCUCCAUCCGCAGGAAGAAGAAACCCAAAGGUGAGCGGGAUCCGAAGCGCAGUGCCAGCGUGGGGGACCUGGAGGUGAUCAGUGAGCCAGCGUCCGAGGAGGAGGGCCCGUUUGAGGUGCCAGAUGGUGAGGACAGGCUUCCCCAAGAGGCUGUUCAUCAGCUCCCCCAGCCCACAGAGACUCAGGAGAACGCAAUCCAGUCUAGCAAGCAGGAGCCGGAGGGCAAGGCAGAGAGCACCAACCCGUUCUACCCGCUGAACGCAGAGGAAGAAGAGGCGAAGACUGAUCCGUCCCCAAACAGCCUCGUCACAGGACAGAGUAAUGGGGCCUUUCAGAACGGCCAGGAAGCCAGUACCACGUCACCCCCAAAGAGCAACAGCGCGGACCCCGUGAAUAAACUGAUGAGCUCCUCUGUCUCCAGCCUCAGCUCGUCCACGCUGAGCGGCAGUAUGAUGAGCCUGUACAGUGACAGUGACGUGGGGAACGUGGAGGUGCGCGGCUGCGUCCAGUUCGCCCUGCAGUACGAGGCCAAGAAGAAGGAGCUGCAGAUCCGGGUCAUCCAGUGCCGGGACCUGGCCGAGGCCAAGAAGCAGAGAUCGGACCCGUAUGUCAAGAGCUACCUCCUGCCGGACAAAUCCAACCAAGGCAAGCGCAAAACGGCUGUCAAGAAGCGGAGCCUGGACCCCAUCUUCAACGAGACCCUCAAGUACAAGAUCGAGCAGGCGGAGCUGCCGGGCCGGAUCCUGAACCUGUCCGUCUGGCACCACGACGCCUUGGGGCGAAACCUCUUCAUGGGGGAGGUCGAGGUCGAGCUCAGCUCCUGGGACUGGAGCAACACGGGCCCAGCGUGGUUCAACCUGCAGCCCAGGCUGCGGGUCUUGCCCGACGUUCUCGGCAGCAGGGGCAAGCUGCUCUUCGCGCUGAAGUUUAUCCCCGUGGGCACUGAAGGGGCUGGGCUCCCUCCCACGGGGGAGCUGCACAUCUGGGUGAAGGCAGCGCAGAGCCUCAUGCCCAUCCGGAGCGGCACCGUGGACUCCUUCGUUCAGUGCUACGUCCUGCCUGAUGACAGCAAGACGAGCUGCCAGAAGACGCGGGUGGUGAAGCGGAGCCUGAGCCCCAUGUUCAACCACACCAUGGUGUACGACGGCUUCCAGGCCAAGGACCUGAGCGAGGCCUGCGCCGAGUUCACUGUCUGGGAGCACGAGACCUUCUCCAAGCAGCAGCUGGGCGGCAUCCGGCUGAGCCUGGGCACAGGAAGUAGCUACGGGCUCCCGGUCGCAUGGAUGGACUCCACGGAGGAGGAGCGGCAGGUCUGGGAGAGCCUGCUGGCGGAGCCCCGCCAGUGGGUAGAAGCGCUGCUGCCCCUGCGGACAAACCUCACCCCCCGGACAUAGCCCCUCGCGCCGGUGCUGGCUCUGAACGCCUGCCCCGGCCCCUGUUUCAGGGGGACUGGGAGCCCAGCUGCCCUGGCUGGGAAUGGCUGGGCCUGGACAUAUUGGCUACAGUGGAACCGAGCUGCCAGGGCUUUCCUUGUGUGACUGUACAGAAAAUAAACCCUGCCGCAGCCACGCGGGCUUGGGCGAGCCGCCGGGCUGCGGGAGAUCUGUGCUCA